CUUGCACGGAUUACUCCUUUUUACUGUGAAUUCCUUUUAACGAGUUCGAUUGUGCUUUAAUAGUGUUGAAACCUAACGCAGAGCUUUAUUGCGGUGUUGUGGUACGAAAUGGGGCGCGGCGUCGUGACGUCACUGUUAUGGUCGUGUAAACAGGUGUAAUACACACUACACUUGAUUUGUUUUUAUUUAAUUUACUUUUCAGUUUUCGUAUCUGAAACGCCAUACCAUCAUGGCAUCAGUUAUGACCCAAAACAUUCUCUUUAUAAGUAUCACCUUUUGCUGCCUGAGUUCUGUCCUUGCCAUUAAAUGCUGGGAUUGCCGGUCAGAUGCAGAUCCAAAGUGUGCAGACCCAUUUGAUAACUCUACUGUCCCAAUUACGGAUUGUAGGACCCUUGGAAAUCUUGAUCAUUUGCCUGGAGUACGACCAACAAUGUGUCGCAAAAUUCGUCAAAAAGUGAAUGGAGAGUGGCGUUACUUCCGUAGUUGUGCAUACAUGGGUGAGCCAGGAAUCCAAGGAGAUGAACGAUUUUGUCUUAUGCGUACUGGCACGUACAAUAUUUUUAUGGAAUACUGUACGUGCAACAGCAAAGAUGGGUGUAAUUCUGCUGGAAGCUUAAAAGGUAACAUUCUUCUGGGAGUUUUCGCAACAUGUUUAUGGUCUGUGGUUCAUUUUGCCAUCUAUUAAGGAAAAUUUUUUGAAGUCUGUCCCUUGAUAGUAGUUUACAUGCCAUGAGGAGUUUACAUAGUAAUUGUUUAUAUCUAAGAUCAAGAAAGACUCUGAAAGCUUUUCAGCACAAACUAUCUUAUUCUGACCAAAUUUUCAGUUGUAAAUUCUUUAUACUUACAUUCCACUCUCAUUAUUUAUGUAAAGACCACAAUUUCAAUUGUUGUUAUUUUUUAUAAUGAGUAUUGAAUUGAAUGCACUGAAUAGAUUGUAGUCUUAUAGCAAGCAAACAUUUUUAUUACAUUUACAGUAACAUGAAUUUUCCAAAGCUGAAAAUAAAAGCACUUUUAACUUUAUUUUUAAGCUAGGAAUAAAUGUUUUGUCUACCUGUCUUUAUUUAAGUGUCACUGAUGGAAGUUAAAAGGGCAGCUUGAAGUGUGUCUCAAUGAUAAACUUCAUUUAAUUUUUACCUCUAAUUGUGUCAUGCUGUAUUUUUGUGCCCUUGACAUUUCAGUUUUCUAGUGUUUUGGAUGUAGUUACAAAUUUUUAUACUAAAAUUUUAUACUGAAACUUAAAAGAAAGUUACUUAAAGUUGAUAUCUGUUCGUUAAUAAUUCGUGCCUUAUAGUUGUUAAAAUCAUGAUCUUGGUUUGUAUCUUAAUUUUACUUUUAGGGUUGUCUGUUGUUUAGGUAGGCUUGUUCAAGUUCACAAAUGAUUAUUUUCAUACAUCAUUUUUGCUGUUUAAAGCAAGUGAGGUGGUUACUUACAAGUAUUAUAUGUGUAUGCCUUCUGUUCAAAAAGAAAAUGAUCUGCAUCCGUAAGAGAUUAAAUGAAACAACUGUGAUUAAUUUUAAGACUCUAAGUGUUCAAUUUUUUCCUUGCAACAUAUUGCAAAACAGAUGUUUGUCUCUUCAAUCAACAUGCUAGUGUAUUGGUCUCCCUGCCCAUGAAGCAUGGCAUACUAUUUAGGUAUAAGUACAGGAAGGUGGGAAACACCUUCCAACUCUGUUUGUUGGUUGAUCAUUUCCGUCCAAAGAUGAGUGCUCAGUCCAGAAUAUUCACCACGGCCUCGUGCAAUUUACUAUUAAAAAAUGUUUUAUCUCUUUCAAAUCAAUUUAUGAAAUAUUUUUACCUUUUAUAUGAAAUUGUAGCUGUAUAAAUUAAGUUUUUACAUUUAUUCUCUGUUUCUACCAUGUCUGAAUAUUAAACACAAAUCAUCAUUGUCAA